AUGCUUACCCCCCACCUCUCUCCCCUCCUCUUCACCUCUCCUCCUGCUCUCGUCCCCCAACCGACAUCCUACACAACCCCUCACCACAACCCCAGGAAUCCUUCCGCAAACUCCUACAAACUCCCCGACCAGGCGCGGAUACUAGCACACCCAAAACAUCCUCGCGGGGAUCAUUACUGCCUAAACCUGGGGCUGGGUCCAAAACGAGGACCAGCGUUCAAACCUCGUAAAGUCAAGAAGAGCGCGGAGAAGUACAGGAAUCGGGCGGAGGAGAGACGGGUUGGGGCUGAUCAUGAUUAUUCUCAGAUCGAAGCGGUCCUCGAAGAUUUCGAACGUCGGAAUGCAGACGAAGAUCAAGCUAAGGUAGAAGAACAACGCCGCUUCCUAGGCGGCGACUCGGACCACUCCAUCCUCGUCAAAGGCCUCGACUACGCCCUACUCGAACAAAACAAAGCGCGUCUGGCGACUGUGAAUUCGAAAGUAGACGAUGAAUCGCUCGAGGCUGCGUUUCUCGAAACAUCCACAUCCACCACCACCAACACGACAACGACAGGUCAAGGUCAAGGUGGGGAGGGAGGAAAGAAGAGGUCGAGGGCGGAUUUGAUCAGGGAGUUGAAGGAGAAGAGGGGGGGCGAUGGGGAGGGGAGUGGGAGCGGGAGUGGGAGUGGUGGGGAGGGGAAACUUGGGAGUGGGAAUGGGAAUGGGAAGGGAAAGGUGAAAGGGAAGGGGAAGGUGGUUGAGGAUAAGCCGAUUCCGGAGGGGAAGUUCAAGCCGAUUGGGUUCAAGCCUAUUGGAAAGACCGCCGGAGAAGAAAAGGGAAGGAAGAAGAAGAAGGUCAGGGUGGACGAUGGGGGAGAUGCGGAGAGGAAGAGGAAGAAACGGAAAGUUGUGGAUGAGGAAAGGGGCGAGGAGAAGGGGAGUGCGACUGUGUCGACGAAGGAAUCAUCUCCCGAGCAGCCACGGGGCAAGACGCUACAAGAACCGGAACCAGAGCCUGCGGACGAAGACUUUGAUAUCUUUGCGGAUGCUGGGGAGUACCAGGGAUUGGAGCUGGAAGACGACGAGGGAGAGGAUGAGGAAGAGAAAGCUGACGAGGAGAAGCUCGGUGAAGAUACAUCUACGACUCCAGGACCAGCACGCCGAAGAGGGUGGUUCGAAGACGAUGAGCCAGAACCAGAACCAGAAGCCGGACCAUCAAAACCGGCGGAGCCACAAGCGACGAAGUCACGGUCAAAGUCGCCUACGAAUCAGCCAGAGAUGGAAGAAGAGGACGCGGAAGAGGGAGAGUUGAUGCGACUUGCACCACUCGAGUCGUCUGCAUUGCCAUCUAUCAAGGAUUUCCUGGCAGCUGAUGAAGCGGCCGAGAAAGACGAGAAGAGGCGGGCGAGGAAAGACAAGAAGAAAAAGGGGAAGGGGCCGGGUGGCGAGGGUGGCGACAAGAUCGAGCGCGACUACCAGAGGUGA